UAGGGAAAAAAGAAGGAACAACUGGGACACUUUCUGGUAGACUGUGUUAACUCUAGCCACGACCUAAACUCUAUGAGGAAGGAAUAAUGCAAAAACUGGGGGUGCUGUGUCUUGGCAGCUCUGGCCUUCACGGGUCUCAUAUUUUUUUCUUUGUAAAGGUCCAAAAUUUUAUCAUUCUUAUUUAUAGUAUCAAAUAAGGGAGAACUAAAUUUUACUAAAAUUAAGACAUAAUUUUUUUAAAGGGGAUAUAAAUUUGUAGAGAGAGCCACAGAUACAGGGAGAUGUAAAGACACACGGGUGGAUGAAUGUCCACUUCACCAGAUAAGAUAUACAUGAUAGACGGAGGGAUAUGUGGGGGAAGUCGUCUUAAUUUGCUUCCUGCAUAAAAUUGCACAGAUCUCCCCAAAGACAAUCUCCCCAGCCUAUGGUAAACAACUCAAGAGUAUCCAGGAAAGUCUCCUUCCAAGUCGGUCUCUCAAGUUCCCACCACUCAUCCACGAAUUGUUUUAAAUAAAUAAAUAAACCGCGAAGUCUGUCGAUUCAAUUCUGGACCACCAGCGUCCUCUGUUGGUCACCUAUAGGAGGAGCGUGCAGACUUUGGAGAGACUCGUACAAAAGAACUCAAUAGCUGCGCUAUUGCGCCUGGAUUUCAAGUCAGAAUGAACGGAUUAGCAAGAACUCCAGUCUGCACUGGAGCACAUCAGAAGUUGGUAUAGGGGUCCAACGAUGACUAAAACUCGUUGUGAACAGUAUUCAUUUUAAGGGCUGCUUGGCUACUAAUCAUGCAUGCUUCAGUGUCUCAGUAGUUAUUUUAACGCAGAUGCGUCCGCUAAAAAGAUUCUCCCAAACAAGAACUAGAGGAACUUCUCAUCUUUAAAAAGAAAAAAACUGUCCUCACUCCUAUCUGGGAAAGUGCAACGACGUAUUUGAGUAUUUUGAGUCCCUACCUCCUUGAAAAGCAAAUCCUUUGCGCCCAUAGCUGUCAGCGUGAGGUUGUGCGGUGCUGAGACUCUGGGAGCUAAAGUGGCCCGUGGUGCAGAUUUAAACCUCGAGCUCUAAGGUUCUCCAGACCUCAAAGUGAUCUGCGCGUUCUCGCUGGGAAAUGCCUAAUACAGCAUACCCUACACGAGGAAUUCCAUUGCGGGAACUUUACAAAGUACACAGGCGCUGAAUGGGUCCGGGCCAGCUUCCCAAACAUAAACCAUCCCUGGAAAGGCCAGCUUAGCCAGCCAUCCAGGGGGAGGGGCUAUAGGGUCCGGGACGCCAAAUUGGCUGGGAGUCAUUGAAGGAAGAGAAGACCAGAGUCCCUGGAGUGGCUGGGACUCUAGAGACGCAAGGUGGCCUGGAGCGCCUGUGGUUACCCGUGAAGAGGUGGCCCUGAUACAGGGCGUGCGCACAGAGAGCAGGUGCCCGGUGAAGACGCGCGCAGCGCGCCCCCGUCCUCGUUCCCGCUUCGUCGGGAGGCGCGGGCCCCGGAGCGGAGCCUGCGCCGGCCCACCCCCCACCCUCGCCGUUCCGGGGCGUGUCCUCCGCCACCCCGGCUUCUAUAUAUCGGCCUGCGCGCCCGGGCUGCCCAGAUGCGAGCUUAGAGCGGCGACUGGGCGCUGAGGACCUGCUUGCUCGCUGCUCCCAUCCCGCCGCCUCAUCCCGCCGCCUCAUCCCGCGUGCUCCACUCCGCUCCCCUCCACCGAGCCGUCCACCCGGCGCCAUGCAUCCCGCGCGCCCCGCGCUCUGGGCGGCUGCGCUCACUGCCCUCACUCUGCUCCGCGGACCGCCGGUGGCGCCCGCGUGCACGGAGCUGGUGCGAGAGCCCGGCUGCGGCUGCUGCCUGACUUGCGCGCUGCGCGAAGGCGACGCGUGCGGCGUCUACACGGAGCGCUGUGGCACCGGCCUCCGCUGCCAGCCGCGGCCCGCGGAGCAGUACCCGCUGAGGGCGCUGCUGAAUGGCCGCGGGUUCUGCGCCAACGCCAGCGCUGCAGGCAGCCUAAGCACCUACCUCCCCUCCCAACCUGCUCCAGGAAACAUCAGUGAGUCCGAGGAGGAGCACAAUGCUGGGAGUGUGGAAAGCCAGGUUGUCCCCAGCACACACCGAGUGACCGAUUCCAAGUUCCAUCCACUCCAUGCCAAGAUGGAUGUCAUCAAAAAAGGCCACGCCAGGGACAGCCAGCGCUACAAAGUUGACUAUGAGUCUCAAAGCACAGACACCCAGAACUUCUCCUCCGAGUCUAAGCGGGAGACAGAAUACGGUCCCUGCCGCAGAGAAAUGGAGGACACACUGAAUCAUCUGAAGUUCCUCAAUGUGCUGAGUCCCAGAGGCGUCCACAUCCCAAACUGUGACAAGAAGGGGUUCUAUAAGAAGAAGCAGUGCCGCCCUUCCAAAGGCAGAAAGCGGGGCUUCUGCUGGUGUGUGGACAAGUAUGGGCAGCCCUUGCCAGGCUACGACACCAAGGGGAAAGACGACGUACAUUGCCUCAGCGUGCAGAGCCAGUAGAUGCUCCGUGCCACAUAAUAUGGAGCUCAAAUAUGCCUUAUUUUGCACAAAAGACUGCCAACAACAUGAUCAGCAGCUGGCUACAGCCUUGAUUUAUAUAUAUAUAUAUAUAUUUUAUGUGUGUGUGUGUGUGAGUGUGGUGAACUGAGUGAAAACAAACACACACACAAACCAAAGUUUAGACAGAUUUCUGAAAUGCCUCUGGUCAUUUAAAUAGUGAACUUGAUCAUCUUCCUACUUCCCAGUAGUCAACAAAAAGCAGUUUGAAUUUUCCUGUUGCUUCUUAUGAGAGACACUCGUGUACUCCAGGCCCCGGAUGCCAUCUGCCCCCUAACUCACCCACCCAGUACGGGCUUCAAUGCUGCUGGCCCUCUGCCUUCUUGAUUUCAGACGUUCCGUGGCUGAUAUAGACAAAUCCUCUUUCCAUCCCCUGUAAAUAAGUGCAGGCCCUAUGGAGAAUGGGGAAACCCAUAACCGAGUGACCCGGACAUCUGGAAGCAUAUGCCUGAGGCUCAUGGUCCUUAUUGUGCCAUCUCUGAAUAAGGGCCUGGCCCUGUAUCCGCAAGUGGCCUGAUCUACUUGGGAACUGUGGGAGAGGAUAUGUGUUGUCUCUCUUACUAAAAAUGACUGAGAAUGUUCUAGGGCACUCUGGGAGCCCAUAAGGACAAGGAUAAGGACCUUUCUUUGUCAGGCAUCUUCUUGAUGACUUGGCCCAGCAGAAAGCCCCAAGUGGGAGGAGCAGCAUCGGACUCCACGUUCAGAGAUGUCGCAAAUAAUGGUGCGCUUAGUUCUUCAGAUGACUUCAAAAAACAAUGUUUUCUGGUCCAGCCUCUCAAAAUAAAGUUUGUUGUGAGGUGGGGCUGCGGGAAGGCAGUUUUUCAAAAACACAGAUUUCUUUUCAUCUUCCUAUCUAAACAGGAAAGAGGAGUGGCUUGUCUGAGAGCCUGGUAAGAGCAUGGAGAAAAUCACCUGUAUGUUGAUCUUGGGGUCCUUCUCAAACUCUCUUUAUAAUUCACGCAUAUAUGCAGACAAAGUACGUUCUUAAUUGUUAACAUUGUAUACAACGUAGCCCAGAUAUAAUAGAAUCUGUACUAGAUAAUCCUAGAUGAAGUGUUAGAGAUGUUAGGUGAUAUAACUGCAGACACGCCCAAGGAAAGGAGCCUGUGUCUGGAGGCUGGGCUGCUCUCCCCCAGGCCGAGGCGGAGGAGGUCUGGCAACGCAGGGUGAGAGGAGACUGUACUGCAUCCUACGGGGUGGACAUGCGCUGUACAGAGCUUUCCUUGAGAGCACAAAGGAAUCUCAAGACAUUCUGCCUGCCUAUCAGCUUUUCUUUAUUUUUUUAAUUAAGUUUUUUGGGGAAAAAUGUAUUUUUGAAAAGUUUGUCUUGCAAUGUAUUUAUAAAUAGUAAAUAAAGUUUUUAUCAUUUAAAAAAAAA